GACCUGCUGCCUCUCCUUUCCACUGCCAGGUUCUCCUCACCCCCAGUCUGAUGCCCGUCCCGCCUUGCCAUGAGUCUAUGAGCUCCCUCCGGAUCAGCAUCGGUGGCCUUCCUGUCCUUGCGUCCAUGACCAACGGUGCUGACCCUCGUUUCCGACUGCGCUGGAAGGCCAUCGUGCUGUCCUCAGCCUGUGUGGUGUUCGUGCUGCUGCUUCUCUGCUUGCACCGCUCCUCCCCGGCACGGCCCAUCCCGCCCAAUCCUCACAACUGGCGGCUCAGCCUGCAAGCAGGGGACCGCUACAAUGACACCUACCCACUGUCCCCACCCCAGAGAAACCCUGAGGGUGUGCGCUACCGCAUCGGGGUCAUUGCAGACCUGGACACGCAGUCCCGGGGCGCUGAGGAGCACACCUGGUUCAGUUACCUGAAGAAAGGUUACCUGGUGCUGUCAAACAGCGGGGACAGCGUGACAGUGGAAUGGGACAAAGACGAAAGCAUGCUGCAGUCGCACUUGGCUGAGAAGGGCAGGGGCAUGGAGCUCUCGGAGCUGGUCGUCUUCAACGGGAAGCUGUACUCUGUGGACGACCGCACGGGUGUGGUCUACCAGAUUGAGGGCAACAAGGUGGUGCCUUGGGUGAUCCUCUCAGACGGGGACGGCACUGUGGGGAAAGGCUUCAAGGCAGAGUGGCUGGCAGUGAAAGACGAACACCUCUACGUGGGAGGACUGGGUAAGGAGUGGACCACCACAACGGGAGAGGUGGUGAACGAAAACCCCGAGUGGGUGAAAGUCAUCGGCUACAAAGGCGACGUGGGCCAUGAGAACUGGGUGGCAAACUACAACGCACUGAGGGCCGCAGCUGGGAUCCGACCUCCAGGUUACCUGAUCCACGAGUCAGCAUCCUGGAGCGACACCCUGCAGCGCUGGUUCUUCCUGCCACGCCGUGCCAGCCACGAGCGUUACAACGAGAAGGCAGACGAGCGGCGGGGUACCAACCUGCUGCUGAGCUCCACCCAGGACUUCGGGGAUGUCAAGGUAGGACGUGUGGGUGAUGUGGUCCCCACCCACGGCUUCUCCUCCUUCAAAUUCAUCCCAGACACAGACGACCAGAUCAUUGUGGCCCUGAAAUCAGAAGAGGACAAUGGCAAGAUCGCCAGCUACAUCAUGGCCUUUACUCUGGACGGGCACUUCCUCCUGCCUGAGACCAAAAUCGGGAGCGUGAAAUACGAGGGCAUUGAAUUUAUUUAACAGACUUUUGCACUGGACUGGAGGGAUGAGGGAGGCUUGGGAGGGGUGCUGGGGCAGGCCCUGGCAGCGUGCAGCUAGCAGGGCCAAGCAUGCCUGCCCCGGGCUCACCGGUCAGGCUCCAGUAAGCCAAGGGACGUCUUGCAGCACUCCCAGCUCUGUAGUUGGCUAUGGCACCUCCUGUAAAGCGUUGGCUUUGCUGCA